GUCGUGGAUUGAUUGCGGCCGGCUGUUCAGUGUUCGAUUUGAUGUUUAUAAAACGUGUUCGACAAUAUGAGUCCCAUCCGUCAUUCAGGAUAUUAAAAUAAAAAAAUAUAUCAGUUCGUUCAUGUACGGCAAGUUCUAUGAACAUUCUCUACUUGGCUGUGAUAAUUGCGACAAUAAUCAAGACUAUAAAUAUGUUUAUAAGUGACGAUUAUUAAUGCCCUGUUGCAGUUUAAAGUUGUAUGUAUUUUUUUUUACAAUAGUUUUUAAUGUGUUUAAUUGCCAACAACUGGGUAAUGGAGAGCUGGAUGCAGGAUGUGGUGUCCAUGAUGACAGACCCGGGAGUCGGAAGCGAUGUAUCGUCAGGAGUCCCACAAAUAAAGAAAGAAUUAGAUGUUUUGCAAGAAUGUUCACCUUCCAAUAGCGAUAUGUAUUCACCAACCACCACAGUUAUGCAUGAUACAGGAAUCGAAUUUCAAGAGACCAAUCAUUACGACAGUAGCAUCAGAUCUCCAGGUAGCCCAGAACGACAGUAUUGUUCGUCAACUACACAACCUCACACGGACUCAGGGAUGGGACAUAUGGAGGACGAAAUUAAAGAAGAGGAUUCCCCAAGACGAUUAUGUUUAGUUUGUGGUGAUGUUGCCUCAGGUUUCCAUUAUGGAGUAGCUUCGUGCGAAGCAUGCAAAGCUUUUUUUAAACGGACAAUACAAGGUAAUAUAGAAUAUACAUGUCCAGCAUCUGGAGAAUGUGAAAUUAAUAAAAGAAGGCGAAAAGCAUGCCAGGCAUGUAGAUUUCGUAAAUGUUUAAGAUCUGGUAUGUUAAAAGAGGGUGUACGGUUAGAUAGAGUAAGAGGUGGCAGACAAAAGUACAGGAGAAACCCAGAUAGUCCAUAUCAAGUACAAGUCGUUUCUGCCCAGAGACCAAUGCUACAAUUAGAAGACAUAAAAAUGUUGGAUGCGCUAGCGGUGUGCGAGCCUGAUUGUUUAGAAAUCAACACAGCGUUAGAAAAUUCAAAACAUCGGACCCUCUCCAUACUCAGUGAUUUAUAUGAUAGAGAACUUGUAGGCAUCAUUGGCUGGGCCAAACAAAUUCCAGGUUUCACGGAUCUGUCGUUGAACGACCAGAUGCGACUACUCCAGAGUACAUGGGCAGAAAUACUUACACUUACACUAGCUUAUAGGAGCGUGUCGUUAAUACAGCUGGCUAGAUUGAAAUUCGCUACAGAUUUCACUUUGGAUGAAAAACAGUCCAGGGAUUGUGGAGCCAUAGAAUUAUAUCAAACGUGUUGCCAUGUUGUUGAAAGGUUAGAUAGUUUAUCAAUUUUAAAAGAAGAGUAUUAUCUCUUAAAGGCACUCGUUCUCGCCAAUUCCGACGUGCGACUGGACGAAUCUCAUUCACUGAAAAAAUUUAGGGAUUCGAUUUUGUCGGCGCUGUCGGACACAGUAGGCAUCCUAAGGCCUACUGGCGUUUUACAUCAAAUCCAGCAAUUGUUGUUGUGCAUGCCGGCGCUGCGACAGGCUGACCAAGUUGUGAGAAGAUUUUGGUCGGACGUGCAUCAACAAGAUUUAGUACCUAUGAAUAAGCUUUUCUUGGAAAUGUUAGAAGCUUAUUGUCGGUAGCCUU